UGCGGCCUCGAUGCCUCGAGGACAAAUGUCAAGCGUUAAGCGUCAACAGUUCAAAACUUUGUUUCAUUGUUCAUUGUUCAUUGCUCCUCGAGGUUCAUCAGAAGUGCUCUUUCAAGCCGAGCUAUUCUGACUCCUGAACGUGACCAAUAACGAAAACUCCUUUGGCCUUUCAAGAAUUCCAAAGAAUGACAGGAUAACUGACUGCCACUGGCUGCCACUGGCUGCCAGGGCACAACUGGUUUUGAAUCCAGCAGAAGCAGACCAAGUGCUGCAAGAAGAGAACAUGGAACGAGAUAUUGCAGGCCAUGGCUCCAAGCUACUGAUGCAGAAGGCUCAGGAAGAAGAUAAACCCCGCGACUCUCUCAGACAACGGAGAAUCUCACAAGGAGUCCACCUCAAAGGAGCACGCCACAAAGUAUCCCACUUCGGAGGCCCAUGACCACCAUUUGAUAGAUAAUCUAUCACAACAGAAUGCCAGCAAAAUCGGCGUUGACUCUACGAACGAGACAGAUCAAGAACGUACUGGUAAAGUCUAUGGUCCAUGUCAGCAUAUCGAGCCCAAUUCCCAUCACCGGCAUGAAAAACUCACGGAUGGUCCUUCAAGUUUCCCAACUCUGGGGCAGAGGCAGAGGCACCGGCUAGGCUUCUGUUCAUCUUGUCAAGGCCCUCAUCAUGCUUCGGAGCUGGUGACAGGGUCGAUGGAGUACCAUCUGGCUACGAUUCAAUCAGCAGACUGCCAAGGUAGUAUUGAUGAAGAACUUGCUAAUCAGCUCCAAUUGGCACCGAUCAAUGGGAAUAUUCCUAGUAUUUGGCCCAUGGGUGGCAGAGCCAUGCCAAGGAUACGUAGGCCUUCACAAGAUACAGUACCUCAGAUACACAAGCCAAAUGGCAGCGAUGUUGACCUCCUGUGUAACAGGGAGUGCAUCGCCGUCAUCGACCAACCUGUUUCCACCAAGCAUUUGGCAUCACGGCAGACAGAUGAUCUCCCAGAUGGAGGUAUUGGAGAUAGGGGCCAAGAACUUACUGUAUCGAUGGGAUCCAGGGUUGAGAUGGUUCCGAAGCUCUCACUAUCGGAGUCGAACUGUUCCACUCCAGACAUUGGGAACAUGGCUGAUGGAAAGGCAACUAUAAAUGUGUCAGCCUCUGAGCAGCUGCAAGAUGAGAAGUCGCAGGAUGAGAGGUUGCAAUAUGAGCAGCCGCAAGACAAUAUUCAUACCUCGUGCCAAGUGUCUUUGUCUUUGGUUGAACAGGGGACGCAGAUGGCAAGUGGUGUUUCUUGUGGAGCUGGAUCACCAAAGGCUGAAGGUGUCGAAGCGAGCUUAUACAGCCCUAUUUACAAGUCACCAAAAGCAAAUGCUUCUUCCCAGGUAAACACUACGAUAGCAGCUACGAUAAGGAAAAGGCCAGCACCAGAACACAUUUCAGCAAUACAUCAACACAGAUCUCCGUCUACUCUUUACUCUUCCCAGCCACAGUUGCUUGCUUGGAGAUCUUAUAUAGCAACUGCUCCUUUGACGUCUCCUGGGGUGAGGAAGAUUCAACAGCUCAUUCUCGCAGCAAUGGAUGGGGAUAUUGAGCUAGAGAGAAACUCCGGCGUGGAUGCACAGCUUGGUGCUAUAAUUGACAGAAUCUUGGUUGAUGAACAAUUUCGAGAGGUAGUAGUUGCUUUCGGGGUAUCAAAGCUAGGAUAUGAUCCCAUCACAGCAAAUGACGCCAGCUCUUCAAACCAGACCUCUCGGCUGGGAGGAAAUGCUACUGCUUCUAAGGAUUCUGGUCCUAAAUUCAAUAUAAAGACCUGCACAUUUGAAGAGCUCAAAGAAGAAUAUAUCACAUUCAAAGCCCUGGCCAAAAAGGAGCAUCUACGCCUAUCGGCUUCUGAUUCCAAGCGCAGCACCCUGGAAGAGGAUAUGAAGGCACUGAAGGAGCAGCGAGACCACUGGAAAAAAGUUUCAUCAUCAGUCGCAGGUGCUACAGCGGUGGAAAACAAAAGUAGAAAAUGGUUGUGCACCCCCUGUGGUCUCCUAAACGAUUCCUGGGCAGAUCUGACAGAGUGGGCUCCUGGGAAGGCACCAAAAGAUGCGAAACCUGCUCCAGAGGAAGCUGGGGUUCCGGAGAGCAAUAAGAGCACCUGGGUACAAACUAAAUACUGCAGGCGUUGUGGUCGCCAUGAGUCCAUGGGACUGCCUAAAGGGUGCAGCAUCGCAGAAUUCAACGACGAAUUUGACGGUCUUUGCAAGAAUAUCAAGUCGGAAGUGGACGGUUCCGGACGUCGGGUUCCAAUCAGUCAAAACUUUGAUAUUCAAAUUGUUGAUUUUUCGCCUGCAGCUCCUGCAGCUCAAUCGCCACAGGUUCCAUGCACAAACAAAAAUACGGCCAACAUACAAGGCCAAAGCAAUGCCGGCAAUUCUUCCGCACAAUAUUUACCCCGUGUCAAUGGCACGGUUGCAGACCAACAGCGUCUUCCAAACUUCAAUGGCGCGGUUCCCAACCAACAACAUUUGGCCAAUGGCACAGUUGUAAACCAGCCAUAUUUGGCCAACGUCAAUAGCAGAGUUGCAAACCAACAAUAUUUGGCCAACGCCAAUAGCACAGUUGCAAACCAACACUUUCCUCCAAACAUCAAUGGCGCGGGGACCAACCAACAACAUUUGGCCAACGGCAAUGGCACAGUUGCAAUCCGACACUUUUCUCCAAACAUCACUGGUACGGCUCCCAACCAACAAAACUUUCCAAACGGCAAGGCUAAGGGCAAAAUUGCAGAGCAGCAGCAUUUUCCCGCUGGCAAUGGCACAAUUGGAGGGCAGCAGUAUCAUCCAGCAAGCAACGACAUGGUUAAGGGCCAACAGUAUUCCCCCAGCGGAAAUAGCACCAUCUCAGACCAACAGGGCUCGCCCAGCGGCACGGUUACCAACCAAAAGGGUACCCCCAGACUCACUGGAACAAAUGAAGGCCAAAACUAUUUGCCUGUCACCAAUGGCUCAGUCGCUAGUCAACAGCUUUCUUCUGACGCUACCGGAACAAAUUCAGGCCAAGAAUUGGAGACUACCAGCUAUGGCAUAAUCCCUAGCCCGGUAGACGUCAUUGGUGCGUUUACAUCCCAAUUUGGUGGCGCAGAUCUGUUCGACAACUUCGACUUCGACGCCGUGACCGACUUCCCAUUUGACAGCGAAGACCCAUUUUCAAUAGCGGAUUGGAACCCGGUUCCUUCGUCAAACACGGGAGUCAUGACGAGCGCAGCAUCAGUGACACCGAACGCCUGGUCCCCAGGCCAGACAACUCUCCCAUCUGCAUCUGUAACACCAUCCAGCAUUGGGGACUCCCUCCAAUGCCCGAUUAAUAUCGACGAUGAUGAUGAUGUACCCCGUAUCUCUCAAGAGGACAUUAAAGUCGAUGAUGGCGUACCCCAUAUCUCUCAAGAGGACAUGAAAGUCAUUGACAAUCUUCGCAUCAACCAACCAGCCACCAACUCACCUGCUAAACCGAAGAGCAAGGCCCAGAACAGGGUCACAAAGCCCGGCGUUAAAUACGACAUGCGCGGAAACCAGAUCGGCCCAUCUACCUUGCCAACAUUCAGAUACCACAAGUUGAUGGCUCCUCGCACUGCCAAAGUGGGAGCUCUCAUGUUCCCUGCCAGCGCUCCUGCACCGAAGGAUGCUGCGCCUCAGGGUGCCCAACACCCUAAUGGCGGUUGAGUAGGUGAGCGUGGGGGAUUGUGUAUAUUACUGUACGACUACUGUACUACAACUCGCCUUUUCGACAAAGUUUCGCGCGCGUUUAAUACAUUUUGCUGGUUGUUGUUUGCUGAAAUUUUACAAAGGCAGUAUGAAAGAGGAUGGUGGCAUGUGAUAGAUGCGAAUGGCUAUUGGCGGGGGGCUUGUCUCCGUCUUUGUCUUUGUGAUUGCUGAGUGCAUGAUAUGGAGCGAGAAUUACUGAUGAGGAAGGACGUUUUGCUAUCUUUGCUGUGGAUGGGUGCCUAACGGGGAGAGUAACCAAAGAGGAAGAAUGGUGACGAGAAGUGUUUGCGAAGAAGAUAUGAGAGAGGCGGGGAUAUGCGAUUCCGGCUGUGUGCAUGAAAGGAGGAUAAUACCAAUGAUUAACACGAAAAGAACGCUCACUAGCUAUCAAAGCUGAGCAAAGGUGGUGGUGGAGAGACAGACACGCGGAAAAGGAGCUCACUCCGCCUAUGGAGCCCGAGCAGAGGUGGUGCAAGACGGCGAAUAACUGUUUGAGAUGGAUGGGACAGCACCACUAGUGUGUUCAGGGAAAGAAAACGUGUCAUCGCUUUCAGAUACACCUCUUUAUAUUUUCUCUUGUCCCUGUAACGAGUAGCAUGUUUAUAGAUAGAUACCCUAGCGAUCCAGUUUUAUUAUAACUGAGGAACAAAUGAGAACUGAAAUUCAAU